UCAGUGCUACACAUAUGAUUUCACCACGAUGGAUCUGGUAACGUUUGAGAAGGAGAACCGUAAGCGUAUCCAAGCCGUUGAGACUUCAUUCGGCCCGGCAGGGAGGCAUCUAUGCCAGCCAGGGAGAGUUCUGGUGGGUCAGGGUCGUCUCAUAAAACAGGGACGGAGGAAACCUGAGCCUAAAGUGUUCUUUCUGUUCAACGACAUGCUGGUGUACGGCAGCAUCAUCCUGAACGGACGCUGGCACAAAAAACAGAAAGCCAUCCCUCUAGAGGACAUCAUGCUAGAGGACAUAGAAGACAAGGAGGGAUUGAGUUACAAAUGGCUGGUCCGUACACCAUGCAAGUCGUUUUUUGUGUCCGCCGAUUCGCUCGAAGAGAAGCAGACCUGGAUGGAGAACAUUGGAAACAGUCGGUUAAACCUUCUGAAGCGGCGUGGCAACCGACCCGGAUCCACGUUUGCUGUAACCUGGAUCCCAGACAGGGCCGCCUACAAAUGCAUGCGCUGCUUCAAAAUUUUCAGUCUCAUCGAACGCCGACACCACUGCCGAAAAUGUGGCUUUUUGGUCUGCAAUGCAUGCUCCAAGCAGCGAGCAGUGAUAGAUCACAUUCACCCCACAAAGAGGUUGAGGAUCUGCUGUCUCUGCCACAAGAAGAAGGAGGAGAUGUCUCGACUGAGAGGAGACAUCCCUAGAAAGAGAAGUACAGAGGAGGAUGAUGAGGGAGCAUGCAGUGAUGAAGAGGAAGGAGGAAAGACAAUGCAGAAUGAGGUUUCCAGCAGCUGGCUAGACUACCAGAAUGGAAACUGGGGAGGUAGUGACACCUAUGUUGCACCACGACCGAUGCAUCUGCGUUGAAUGCCAUGGAAAACGGAUUUGAAGUCAAUUGAGAACAUUGUUACAAAGAGAAUUGAACCAUGUAAUUGUAUGCACACUGGAAAAAAUGCCGUUUUCACUUGAAAUAAGUACAAAAAUCUGCCAAUAGAACAAGAGAACAUUUGCUUGGUGUAAUAUUUCUUGAAAUAAGACGAGAUAUUUAGAUAAAUCAGAUCUUGUAAUUAGCUGGGAGAACUCAUUUUGAAUUAUAUUUGACCAGAAUCAGGACAUUUUGUGUUAGAAUAUAAGCCGCAAAUGCUAAAAAGUUUUCUGUUUUCUGAUGUCAGUUGGUGAUUUUCUAAUAGAUAUGUGUUUCAUCUAAGACUUGACUUAACAAGAUGAUGCAUUGUCUAAAAACAACACCCGACUUCUCACUGCAUUGUUACUUCUGAAGUUAUUAUGUCAUAUAUCAGGUGUAAAGACAUAUUCUGGUAAUUUACAUUAAUUACUGGUAAUAUUUACAUUAAUGAUGUGACCGUCUAUGUUUCCUGUAGAUAUUUAAUUGCUCUUUUUACUGCACUGUUAGUGUACAGUUUUAUUACUAUGCUGCUGUUUAUUGUAUUUUGUAACUCUGCCACAACAAUUUCCUUCGGGAUAAAUAAAGUUCUCUAUCUAUAUUCUGACUAGAUAUUAAACAAAUAUACCUGGCAAGAUUUCGGGUUUUUGUUUUUCAUAUCUUUUUAUUGCAUUCAUUAGUGUAGUGUGAUUCAUGCAAAACUUACUGUAUAGUCUCUCUGAGUGUCAUUAUGUACUGUUUAUACAAGAGAAUGUGAAAUAUGUGUUGAUUUACUGUUUACUUAUGAAAAAUGUUUUGCACACCUGCUGAAAUGAUCCAAAAUACAA